AUGUCGGAAUCCCACGACGCAGGACUUGUUCGUCCCCGCCCUCCAUCCAACCUCUUUGUCUCGACAAAGAACUCUUCGCAGGCGCACUCUCCUUCUCGCCAGUACACGCUCCCCUCGCCGCCUCUGUCCGACUCGUCGGACGCUGCUGCCGGUGCUCUCGACUUUGAUCUUGAGCCCCUUGACCACAUUGUAGCGCGUCACACAACCCCUUCGGGAUCAGAGCACGACCCCUUCGUCGCGUCCCCCCAGUCGUCGACCACGCUUGUUUCCCCCAAGCUCUCUACCCUCACCGGCCUCUCGCCCACGUCUUUCAAGUUUGACGGACUCGACGUUUCUGCUGUUGCCGCUGCCGGUCUCUCUUCGAGCACCGCCACUUCGCCUACCACCACCGCAGAGGCCCUGAGCGUCCACCACCUCGAGCGCUUCCUCCACUACAAGGCCCUCGCAGCUCAGGCACAGGCUGAACUAUCACUCUCUCUCCUCGAGUCGCGCCAGCCAAUGGGCACUGAAGACGUUCUCAAGAACGCUCGCAACGCCAUGCUUUCCCUCCAGACCCACCAGCCUGCCCCCUUCUUCUCGGCCCCCGCCCCGUCGGCUGCCGCGGGAUGGAACCAGACCUUCACGUACCAGCAGCAGCACCACCAGCAGCAGCAGCACGUGUUCCACGCCCAGGCUCAGGCCCAGUCGCACCUGCAGGCUCACGAGGCUGCCGCUCAGCAGGCCGCCGCUGCCCAGCGCAACGCCAUGACCAACUACUACAUGCCUCAGCGCACGUCGUUUGACGGCACUGCCCCCGGCGUGCCCCAGGCUCCCUCGCUCUGGUCGCGCCAGUCGGCUAGCACGUCGGUCUCGGGUGCUUCGCCCCCCUUCCCCUCGACCCCAACCUACAGCGCUUCGGCCACGCUCGCCGACGCCAAGCACCCCUCGUUUGCCACCACCGGUCCCUCGCUCCCCGCCAUUGACGGCGAGAACGAGAUCGAGGCCGACGAGCUUGAGUUUGGCUCGCCCGAGGCCGACGACUCGCACUCGAACGUGUCGAUUCCCAACCUCCACGGUGGCGGCCGCGGCUACGUCCCGGGCAAGACCCCCGACGACCCCAAGAAGCGCCACAAGUGCACCGUCUGUGGCCGUGGUUUCGCUCGCGUCUUCAACCUCAAGUCGCACGUCCAGACCCACGACCCCCUCCGCCCCAAGCCCCACCAGUGCCCCCACCACAUGUGCAAGCGCUCCUUCUCGCGUCUGCACGACCUCGAGCGCCACCGCCAGGGCAUCCACUCGGAUGGCCCCCUCGUCGACGCCAAGCGCCAGGGCGUGUCGCCCUCGGUCGUCCGUGCUCAGAGCCGGAUGCAGCGUCGCGCCGAGGCCGGUGGCCUCAUCUAA